UAGAAGAACUUGUCUAAGAAAAUGCUUGGAGAAGCCUUCUUAACUGAAUUUCUUUACAAAGAACAGAAACAUGUAAAAUUUUACAAACCACUAAGAUGUAAGAAGACAUCAAAUGAUGAAAAGGAAAAUUGGGAGAAUAAGCUUUUAGAUACACAGAACAACUCGAACAACUCACUUCCCCCUUUUAAGACUGGAAAUCAAGAGAAAGUUAUAGAAGGAAGUCUAACUGAGCAAGAAAAUGAUACAUCUCAAAUGAAAUCUGGGGAUGAGCUACCUGUUGCAAAAUGCAAAAGUACACCUCUUCCAGGAAAUGUAUCCAUUGCAUUGCCCAUUCCAAAGAGGGGAAAUGAUGAAACACAACUGGAUUUAUAUCGAUCCUGGUCAUGUACAAGUAUUUGUCAGAAUUAUCCCGACCUACAAAUAGGAGGUGACCAUGUUAGAAACAUGUAUGAUUCUGGCUGCUUUGUGGAACACAUCCAUGAUGAUGUUUGGAAAGGUCCUCUUUUACUUUCUGUGGAUAUACCAUUGGGCCAGUCUCCUAAAACUGAGCCUCUAGAGAAAACAUCUACCUCAAAAGUAUUAAAUGGUGAUGAAAUUCGAGAAAAAAGCAUGCUGUUACAUAAGCAACCUCUCUCUAAUUCUAUGCUUAAUAGUUACAUGGAAAAAAAGGUGGAUGAACUCUACAAACAGUUUUUGGAAGAAAAUCUUACCAGGUGCUUUUCUAUAACCAACCUCAUGGCAUCUAAUAUACUGAUGAAUAAUGUCAAUCAAGUUAGCCUUCAAAUCUCCCAAGAGCAGAAUAUAGAAGCGUCCAAAGCCCGAGAAGCCCUCCUCCAUUCUUUAGCACUCUGUAACCUUCGUAAUGUUUCCCACAGAACUAGUACUGAAUUAAGCACUCCUAACUUACAAAUAUCCACACAGACUAGUAGGGAACUUGUAUGACAUCUCCAGUGGAAUCUACUAAAGAUUGGCCGGAUCAAAUAGGAGACUACAAUGACAAUUGUGUCCUCUUGCUUUUCAUGUCUCAUUGAAUUUCCUUUGUGGUGGUGUGGCUUUUUUGAGAAAUUAUUUUU